AUGCUGCGAAGUACAGCUUUACUCGCGUGCAUUGCAGUUGUCUCCGCCGAUUGGACUGGCAAUGUCAACUAUGGCAGUCCUUCACACAACCACAAUCUGGGAAUCUCACUCCCAAAGGUUAGGAAAAGGCACGAAGAUGCUCAGUACAUGAACGCCAGCACCCUAAGCUUUACUCAUGGCGUAGCCUCUGGUGAUCCGUACCAUGACAGUGUUAUUCUAUGGACCCGAGUCAGUCCAACCAUGGACAAUGAUGAUAGCAACGUCACCGUUUCUGGCACGGCAGCUCUCUAUAAUCACGAUACUCAACAAUACGUAGAGGCCAGCAAGAACCCAAUUUGUGUGGAGUGGGCAGUGUCGUGCAGCGAGAACAUGACGAACUCUGUGAGCCAGGGCAGGGCCUACACAUCCUCCGACAUCGACUACACUGUUAAGGUAGAAGCUACGGAUCUGAAACCAUUCACGUGGUACUACUAUCAAUUCACAGUAUGUGGCAGCGACAACAAAAGCCCAGUGGGUCGCACGAAGACAGCCCCAGCUGCAGACCAGGACGUUGGAGAUGUCGGCGUCGCCGUCUUCUCCUGCUCCAACUUCCCUGUGGGCUUCUUCAAUGCCUAUGGCAACAGCGCACGCAAAGACAAUGUCGACUAUGUUAUCCAUCUCGGUGAUUACUUGUACGAAUAUGGAACAGGCUCAGAGGCACGUCCAGUGCGACCAGAGCGCGAGAUCUUCACGUUAUACGACUAUCGAGCUCGGCUGGCAACCUAUCGAACUGACGAGGAUCUGCUUCUUUCACACUCGAAGUACCCUUGGAUCCCAACCUGGGAUGACCACGAGAUCUCCAACAACGGGUACCGAGACGGUUCUUCUGGGCUUAACAAUACCGAGGAGUCUUUCGAGGAGAACGGCCGCGUCAGUGUUGAUCAGCGAAAAAUGAAUGCAGUUCGUGCGUACUUUGAGUGGAUGCCCAUUCGCCAGGUUGACAUGGAUAACAAUCUCAGAAUUUGGAGGAGCUUCAGCAUUGGUAAUUUGUUCGACUUGAUUAUUCUUGAUACCCGCAACUAUGAUCGUAGCAUUACUGAUCUGGGCUGGAACGAGGAUUAUAUUCCAGAGAUUAUGAACGAUGCCGGACGAACGCUGAUGGGAUCGAUCCAAGAAAAUUGGUUCUACAACUCGCUCAAGAGAUCGGCAUCACGUGGCGCUACCUGGCGCUUGAUCGGAUCCCAGAUCGUUUUCAGCACUAUCAACUCCACCUCUUGGUUCGGCACUGCCUACAAUACUGAUGCCUGGGAUGGGUACAUGAGCAACAAGAAUCGCACUCUGAAGACGCUGUAUGACAACAACAUCGGCAACAACAUUGUCAUGGCUGGCGAUACUCAUGCCAACUGGGUCGCAGACCUGGUUUGGCUUGAUGAGAAGGACUAUGACUCUGAGACAGGCGCUGGCGCACUCGGAGUCGAAUUCGCAGGCACUGCUGUCUCAAGCACCUCUUCUUUCGGAGCCAACACGACGCUCUGGGAAUGCAAUAACCAAUCCCGCGCUCUUGUUGCCGACAACGUCGAACUGCAAUGGCAAGAGGGCUAUUAUCGUGGUUACUACGAGAUGCAGAUCUCGAAGGAACGCGUUCUGGCCCAAUACUUUGGCACUCCAAAUCUGCAGACUCGCAACGGUUACGAAGUCUCACUUGCCAACUUCACUGUCGAGAACAAUGCCAAUCGUUUGUCGAGGCCCGUUGGAGGCGGUGUCGUUGAGAACGGUGCGUUGCUCAGUGGUGGCACUGUCACCACGAGCAACCUGACACUGGACACCAACACGGGAGAAUAUUUCAUCCACAACUUUACCAGAAUCAAUCUGGUGGCAUCGUGA